UUUUGUAAAUAACAUUACUCUAAAUUCAAAAUAAUAGCAUUUCUUUACUAAUUUUUCUUUUCAUCAGUCACUAACUCGUAUUGCUUGACCUAUUUUCACUAGUUGAAACCAGCAAAAGCCGAGAGUAAGCGAGGUAGUUGCAAGAUGUCAGAUAAUAUAGUCAAUGAUGAUAAUUGUUCUAGCAGCGUUGCCGUUAUGACUAACAAGGCAAAUUACCUACGGCACACCGCAGUGGAAACGUACGAAUAGAAAACACUGACGUCCUCAGCGAGGAUGAGGGGAUACAUUGUGUUUGUUUGCUUCAAGACGCUAAUAGCACUGCUAUAAAAAUGAAUGUGUAGCUGUUGUGAGCUAGUGAUCUUCGUAAGCAUAACUUACAUAGACGUCUCUACUUUACACUUUCACCCGGACGUGUCUGGUGAAUGGCCAGUGUCAAAUAUUCACGUUAGUUUGUUCUGUACGAACUUAAAACGUACGCUUCCAGAAUUGACGGGCCGAGUUUAAGACCAACGAUAGUAAGCGCAAACUUCCAACUGUGUGUGGAGAUGGCUGGAAAUAAUUUGCUACCAUAAUGCAGAUGGUACCGGAUAGGGUUCAAGAGCAACUUAGAUCAUUCGUUUUUACGCGUUGUGAAAAAAACUGAGGGUAACUUCGAACCCCGUACGUCAAAAUUUGUGUCUUGUGAUGAUCGAAAUGGCUUCGAUCAUAGUUCGAAGGAGUUUUUAUGCUAGCGCAAGUCAGGCGCGGUCGGUCGGUGUACUCGGUAUACCAAUGUGGCGGGGUCAGAAAAAACUAGGAACCGAUCUUGCUCCAGCUAAAAUUCGGGAAGAUGGUCGACUCAUCUCAGGUGUCGAAACGGUUGUUGGGAAGCCGGUGCGUGAUUUUGGUGAUCUUGAUUUAAGCUCGUACAGCCAAUGCGACAAAAAUGUUACGCACUAUAUGGCCAAAACUGCGCAAUCUAUCAGAAAAUCGGUGAUACAUUGCCUCAGGGAAUGUGAACAAUUAAUCACGCUCGGAGGUGAUCACAGCAUAGCAAUCGGUACCGUCACAGGGCACGCUGAUUACGUGAAAGAGCAAGGAAGGGAUUUGGCUGUCAUUUGGAUGGACGCUCACGCCGACAUAAACACACCAAUGACAACUCCAAGCGGGUCAUGGCACGGUAUGCCGGUGUCCUUCUUGAUGCACGAAAUGAUGGCUCAUUUACCCCGCAUAGAAGAUUUCAAGGACUGGCCAUCGUCGAUUUCUGCCCACGCACUAGUCUAUGUUGGGUUACGCGACGUUGACCCCCAAGAAAGGUGGUUUUUGGAGAAGCUACAGGUCCCGAACUUCUCAAUGCGCGAACUGGAUGCCCUUGGCAUUCACAAGGUAACAGAAAUAGCUUUAGAUAAGGUGGACCCUCUAGGCCGCAAAUCACUGCACGUCAGUUUCGACAUUGACUGUCUCGAUCCCUUGGUGGCCCCAAGUACUGGAACUCCGGUGCCAGGCGGUAUGUCUUUAAGGGAAGUUGCUGUUCUCGCCGAGGCAAUAGCGUCCACACACAGCUUGACUGUCUUCGAUUUAGUAGAGGUAAACUCUCUCAUUGGAAGUUACGAGGACGCUUCGAAGACAAUUCAGUCCGCGGCGUUAAUUACACGCUGGAUGUUUGGAGAUGGGCGACAAGGAAAUACAUCGUCAAGUGGCACUCUCGAAUCCUGAAUUAUGCAUCUCGUCAUUUGUACAGAUAAACGUUCUAUCGAUGUUUAACCACUAACUACUAGUUAUUUAACCUUGCGGAUAAAACUGCUACAAGGAACAGGAUUCACUGUUAGCUGUAUAUCGCGUGUAGAUCGUCUAAUUACGCUGUGCGGCAAAAUUUUGUCAAUCUUAAACGUUAAAAUGGCGGCGGCGGCAAUAGGUCCAUAAAACGUGUGAAAACGAAGGUCAUAAUAACAAUCAUAGCUUAGAAAAAAAGCAAAAGAAAGAUAGCAAAAGAAAAAAAGAUAUAUAUUUUACAGUUUCAUAUUCCUGAACCUAUUCGUAAAGGAACAAAGGAAUCUAAUGAGAUAAGGGCCAUACCUUUUAUCUAGCUUAGCGGCUCUAGGGCGUUACAAGUGAUCUAGCAGAUUUUCAAAUUAAAUGAGUUUUAAAUUAGCAAAGCUAGAAUGAUCUCUUACUAUGCGUUAGAGAUACUUUAUUGUUUAUAUACUUGUUCUAGCGCUUUGGGCAGCUUUUGGACAGCCAUAUAUUAUUUGUGUUCAUAUAUGUAAUUUCUCUAUCUUUGGUGCUUGCAAGUAAAUCGAUAGCGAAAUACUUUUGCCCA